AUGGCGUCCCCCGUCGCAACAGAAGCGCUACAGAAUGGCAUUUCUACGCCGCCCGCGACCGCACCCAACGCCGCGAAUCCCACACCUCCCACGCAAGCCCAGCCCAACACACAGCUCUCCAACGGUACCUUCCCCCCAACAUCCCUCCAAGACGCCGGCACAUCCAAGCGCCCGCGUGAUGCGCGCCUCAUCCACAUGAUCCUCGCCAACAUGGGCGUGCACGUGUACACGGAGCGCGUGCCGCUGCAACUCCUCGACUUCGCGUACCGCUACACAUCCUCGAUCCUGUCCGACGCGCAGUCCUACGAGCCGCCGCUACCCACGCAGGCCGCCGGAAGCAAGAAGCGCACCGCCAACGCCGACGACGAGAGCGGCGUGAGUCUGAAUGCGCUGCGCACGGCGGUUGCGGCGCGCGCGGCGGGCCAGUUUAACAGCUCGCUGCCAAAGGAGUUCCUCGCGGACGUGGCGGGCGAGCGUAAUAGGAUUGCGUUGCCGAGAGUCGAGAGGGAGUUUGGAAUUAGACUGCCGCCGGAGAGGUACUGUUUUACCGGGGCGGGAUGGGGUGUUCGAGAGCGCUGGGAAGAGGAGGUGGAGGUGGAGGUGGAGGUGGAGGAGGAGGAGAGCAUGGAGGUCGAUGGAGGGAGUGUGGGUGUUGGAUUCGGAGGGCCGGUCGGUGGGGAUGAGGAUGUUGGUAUGGGGGGUAUGGGCGAGGAAGAGGAGGUGGAUCAGCAGGAGUUUGAGGAUGCGAUGGGUAACUGA